AUGGCAGCGGCGUCGUUUAGGUGGAUACUACAGUUGCACAAGGACGUGCCAAAAGCUGCUCGGUUCUACUCGGAAGGCUUGGACUUCACCGUCGAUGUAUGUACUCUUCGCUGGGCUGAGCUUCAAUCCGGCCCACUCAAACUUGCCCUCAUGCAAUCCCCCAAUGAUCAUGUCAUGCAGAAGGGAAUGGGAUACUCUUCACUUCUGUCUUUCACAGUGAAGGACAUUAAUCAAACAAUGACAAAACUAAUGGCUUUGGGAGCUGAGCUAGAUGGCCCUAUCAAAUACGAAAUCCAUGGCAAGGUGAUGAUCGAAAUUCUAACAGGAACUUUGAUCAUUUCAUGUAACAAUCUUGUGGCCAGGUUGCAUCCGUGCGCUGUAUUGAUGGGCACAUCUUAG